AUGGGAGGAGGCAAACAAGUGCCUCGUAAUUCUGGCUCCGAGGGUACAUCUGGACCUCCAACCUCAAGCCAGAAUACCCAUCUCCACGCCGUGGUUGACUUGGGCAGCAAUGGCAUUCGAUGCUCGAUCUCUGACCUGUCUGCUCCUGUGACUCGCGUCAUUCCAACCGUCCAUUUCCACCGAGUCAACAUCUCUCUUUAUGAAGCACAGAUUGAUCCCGACACCGGCAACCGUAUCCCGAUUCCUCAGUCUGUGAUUGAUCGAGUCGUUAGUGCUAUCGUCCGAUUCCAAAUCAUCUGCAUGGAAGUAGGCGUUCCGUCCCCCAAUAUUCGACUCAUUGCUACCGAGGCUACCCGAACGGCCGUCAACUCUACGGCAUUCACCGAUGCAAUUCGCGACACAACGGGCCUCUCGGUUGAGAUGCUACGGAAGGAGCAGGAAGGUAUCAUCGGUGCAUGGGGCAUCGCGAGCAGCUUUUCGGACGUGGAGGGGCUGGCCCUCGACCUCGGCGGAGGCAGUAUGCAAAUGACCUGGAUCAUUUCGCACUCGGGCAACGUCGACAUCAGCCCUCACGGGUCAGUCAGCUUUCCCUAUGGAGCAGCGGCUUUAACACAAAAGUUGGCCGACUUGGAACGAGGCAAGAGCAAGGACGAGGCCCGUGCGGCAAAGGAACAAUUUCGCCGGGAGAUGGCGAGCAACUUCCGAGCUGCUUUUGAGAAGCUUGAAAUCCCCGACGGCCUGGUCAAAAAAGCCCGGAAACAGGGCGGAUUCCCUCUAUACCUGUCCGGCGGCGGCUUCCGCGGCUGGGGUUAUCUGCUCCUUUACCUCCAUCAGACCCGGGGUCAAAGCUAUCCUAUUUCCAUCAUCAACGGAUAUUCUGCUCCCAAGGAAGAUUUCGAGAACACCGAGGUCCUCGAGGAAGUCGCUCGCACGGCGCACGAGAUCUUUCGGGUGUCGGAUCGACGACGGAAGCAGGUGCCAUCGGUCGCGUUCCUAGUGAAUGUGUUGGCCGAGUCGUUGCCGAACGGAAUCAAGGAGGCGCAUUUCUGUCAGGGCGGCGUCCGGGAAGGGGUGUUAUUUCGCGAGAUGCUGCCGGUAGUGCGUCAGCAAGAUCCUUUGGAAGUCGCCACCAGCCGAUAUGCUCCUUCUUCGGCGGCGUCAAUUUCAGCGUUGAUACUCGCUUCUCUCCCGCGGCCUGCGGCCGGGCGGUCGGUCCCUUCCUCCUUAAGCGUGCAUCUCAUCCAAGCCUUUGCCAAUGCUCUUUACGUGCACGCAACCAUGGCGAAGGAGCUCUCCUCCAGUGCUGCACUUUACAGUACAAGUACGGGGAUUCUCGCCUCGACGCACGGAAUUCCCCAUUCACAUCGCGCUCUCUUGGCGUUGAUGCUUCAAGAACGAUACGGUGGAGAGCUUCCGCCGCGCGAUGUGGAUCUGAAGUCUCACCUCCAAGGAAUACUCACCCCGGAAGAAGUUUGGUGGACACGGUAUAUUGGGAAGUUGGGCCUUGUACUCGGUCAACUCUAUCCCACUGGGACCAUCGACACAUCCAAGCCACGCAUCGUUCCAUCCGCUGAGUGGGCCAGUGGUCUUGGGAAGAAAGGGAAGAAGGAUGGCGUGAAGUUGAAAAUUACGAUUCAAAAGGUUCCUUCUGACCCAGCACAUCUGAAAGCGGAAUUGGAGCACGACGUUAGAAAGAUUGAGAAGGUAGGCAAACGCAAGAACUGGAUUGGGGGGAGCCAUGGCUGGGGCAUGAAAAUCUUGGUAGAUGUGGAGGAAGAAGAUCUUCUCCUGCCACAGACCUCUACAACUUGA